AUGGAUUAGCUUGGUACUGCAAGUCUUACUCUCACCGUUCUAGUAGGCUACAUUGUUGCAAGCUCUGACUACGAAUAUUUAAUAAAUUCAGACGAGAAUUUUCAAAAGAAAUAUGACAUUUUUUGUUUAGUAGCUUAUUUCUGUGAAUGUCUUUCCAUUGGAAUAUUGAAUUAACUAGAACAGAAUUUAUAACCAAUAUUUAUAGGCAUUUCAGCUAUAAUCCAAAUGUAUGUUUUGUUUUCUAAAAAUAUUUUAUCUGAUAAGACUCUAGAGAAAUUCAUACAGUCCUUGAACGCAUUCAUUUUACAAAAUUCGGUUUUUGUUUUUAUUUUUGAGAACAAUUAAAAUAAUUAUCAUUGCUUAAGCAUUUGCGUUUUAAUUACUAUUCCCUCUGCAUAUAAAUUAGCAGAUUUACUUGUAGAAUAUAACAUCAAUAAGAUUAUUUAAUACUCAGAAUCUUAAGACAUCAUGCAAAUCCUAUUGUAAAUUUACACCAAUAGCUCCAAGGAAAUUAGUUUAAGCAAAGAUUAUAAAAAAUUUGAUGCUAUGACCAAGCAAAUCAUUUUAGCCAAAGAAGAAAACCAUUUAAAAAACAAUCUUUCAUAGAUUUUGAAAUACAAUUUUUCAUCUAGUUGGUGCUUAAUUUAGCAGCAAAUGAGAGAAGAAAUAAGCUUAAAUGGAGAAAUCAGCAGAUACGAAUAAAAUAUGUCUUAGCAAUCAGUGCAUAAUAAUUCAGAGUAACAAAAGACACUCACAAAAUCGUAAUUUUAAAAAAGUCUUCACAGUUCUAGGAAGCAAAACACUGAAAAAAGUGAAAUCAGUUAAUUUCAAUAAAAUAUUAAGAAAUCAUUAUUUUUAGAUGGACUAUCUUAGAAUGAGCUAGAUUCCGCAAAUGCUUCUAUUAUAAAUUAAAUAUUCUUAGAUAUUUAUCAUCUCUUCUUAGAAGAGAAGACUGAAGUGUGCGAUGCGCAUAUCAGCAUGCUUUGCUUCAUCUUGCAUGUAGUUAACAAUUAUUAGCUGUUUUGGAUGAGGCUUAAUUAAAUACUUAAACUAGAACUAUCACUAAAAAAUCUAUAAAUCUUAAAGACUUUAGAGUAAGAAUGUGAUAGAUAGAUCAGAAUUUAAUUAAAGAAGUAGCAAUAAAAAUCUAUUUUCUAUGCUGGAUACUUAGAUGUGAUAUAUUAUGAUAAUUUGCUCAAUGAGACAGCUUUAGUUGUUUAGCAGGCUACCCAAUAAAAGCUACUAAUUUUAGAUCAAAUGAAGAGAAAAAAUAUUAAUUUGAGCGAUCUCUCUGAAAAAAUUUAAAAUUUUUUGUCAGUAAGAUCUAAAAUUCUAUAAAAUAUAAAAAUAGCCACUAAAAUUAAUCCUGGAAGUAGAGAACUUGAUUAAAUUUGCGCUGACUAUUGUUAUAUUUUGUCUUUUUCAAGCUAUGAUCUCAAGAAAAAUAAAUUAUCAUCUAACAUGGAAGAAGGCAUUGAAGUUAAUUAAAUGUUGUAAGAUAAAUAUACAAACUAUUUCGACUCAAACUAAGAAAAAUUUUCAUCCAACGCAUGCGUUAUCUACAUUUCGCUGAAGCAACACAAAAAAAUUCAAAUUAACUAAGUUUCAAGCAACUUCUUAAAGAUUUUCAACUUCAAAAAAAAGGAAGAUAUCAUGAACCAGCCUCUAGAAAUUAUUCUACCAUAAAUUUUCGCUAAAUAUCACUCACUUUUUAUCAAGAACUACUUUAGCAAAGACAUUGACAACGAUUUUGAAGCUAACUUUCAGUCGAGCGAUCAAAAUAAAAGAGAAAAAUAAAUUGAAAACACAUGCGUUUAGUAUGGUUAAAAUUAAAAAAAUAGAAUGGUCUUUGCUGUUUCUCAAGACAAUCACUUGAUUGCAGUCAAAUUAGACGUGAAGGUAAAUAGAAUUUCAAUUAACAACGAAUUUGGCUUAACUGCGCACAUUUAACAAGUGAAUAAAUAUAAUGACUAUAUUUUGUUCAGAUCUGAUAAUUUUUCAGUUGUUUCUAUGACUAAGUUACUCCACAGCAAAGUCUUUAAAGUUUUCACACGCUUUAAAGAACUAAAACUAAGAAAAUAUUUCGCUUUCUUAAAAGAUUAGCAAAAUCAAUUCCCAAGCUCUCAGCUCAAUAGCUUUGAAGACUUGACUUUGGAAGAAUACGAAGAAAAAAUAAAAGAGUAGCAGAAGAAACAGCUUGCAAUUCAAGAAAAGUAUAAAUAAUAUUACAAGAAUGAAUUCGACUAUAUUCUCGUUGUCAAAAGAAGCAAACAAAAAGGAGAAAGUAUGCUUGCCGAAAGCAAUCAAAGAAGCUACUUUUACAACAAAUUCUAAUUCUUUAAGCUAAGAAUGAGUUUAAAGGACUUUCCAGUUCAAAAUCCUUGCUUUGAAAACUAAGAAUUGCAAUAUAUUGAAAUUACAUCAAUCAAAAGAGUUAACCCCAGAACUAACCAAAGAGCCAUUUUAGAAGUGAUUGCGAACAAAGAUGGCAAGAACAAAACCAAUAUUCAUGGACUAAGUCCUCAAAAUUUAUCUAUUUUGUUCUAAGACUUAGAAUAAUAAAUUCAAAAGACAAUUUACGUAGAGAGCUCCUCCUAUCAAUAGGAAGCCUUCAAGUAAAUCACUAUGAUUUUCUCUCAAUCAAUCACUGGAUAAAACUUAUAAAUUACUUCCGAAUAGGCCGAUUCUACUUAAUUCUCAUAAGAAAACUAAAUUCUUGCUUAACAGAGUAGCAAAAACAACAAUAAUACAAAUAAGCCUUCUCUAAAUGAAGAUUUCGCUGAUAACACUAUGACUACAUCUGCUAACAAAUAAAAACAAUAACUAAUCAACGAUGGAGUAUUUAUGAGAGUUUUAAAAGAAAACAUGAACUAAUCUAUUAAGUUAGAACAAAUUAAUCCUCAAGAAACUCAAUUUAAUCACAAUAAAUAAUAUUUUGAUUAAUAAAAUAACUUAGAAAUGAAAAGUAGCAAGCCAAAUCUAGAAGGUAUCAUUGAAGAAGACAAUAACUUCAACAACAGUAUCGACUAUGACGGUAAAACUAAAGACAUCAACCAUAACUAAUCGAAUACCUAAUACAUGAAAAAUAUGGCUUCAGCCUAAGAGUUAGAUUUCUCUGUUUAAAAUUUGGAGUAGCUAAGAUCUACUAAAUUCUUAAAGCUAGAUAACACUAACAAAAAUGAGAAUUCUUUCAGAAGCGACUUGCAAUAAUUUGAUUUCUCAAUAUGCUAAAAUGAUCAGCAUUUUGCUAAUAAUCUAACUAAAUCCUAUCAUCCAAAUUAAAGCAUGAAAGCUUUAGAUUAGAUGAUCUUUUCUCCAAAAAUUCAGAGUGACCAAAACUUAGUAGAUAAUACGAGUGCUAUUAAUUCUUUUAUAGUCAAAAAUAAUCAAUUCCCAAUUAAAAAAUUACAAUCAUCUCGUUUAAAUUAACUUUCAAGUAAAAACAGCUGUCAAGUGCUUUAAACAAAAUCAACUUUCAAAGAUUAUCCCAGCACUGAUUUCACAAAACAUUUUCCAAUCAAUAGAUAUUACUCAAAUGUUACCAACGAAAAGCAAAAUAACGAAAUCUAAGAAAUAUCUGACAUUGAUGAAGAUGAAGAUGAUGUCACCAAGCGUAGAGCUUACAAAAUCUACUCUGAUGAGACAACUAGAAAAAAUAAUUUUACAGAUCAGCAAAGAAAAGAAAUUUUAGAAACUUCUUCAGCCCAUUCUAAAGUAAGUUCUAUUGAGUAAAUCAAAAAGCAGUUCCGUAAAACAAUUUUAACUAAAAAAUCUCAUUAUUCUCUCUCUAUAGUUAACGGAAUUGGUCUAUUAAGUAUAAUUGUGAUAUUUAUAGUCAACUUUUAGCAAUUCUUCCAAACAAAAGACACAAUUGGAAGUGUCAAAGAAGAUUUUACUAUAGCUUAAUGGCCAAUGGACUACAACAAUCAAAUUUAUGGAGUCAUUGAAGCAUUUAAUUUGAAAAGACUAACAGCUCACUCUAAAACAAACUUAGAAUACACCACUGGUACUAAAAAAGAGUUAUAAGGUCUAAUAAAAUAUAAAAUUAGUGAUUGUUAUGGAUCAUUAAAAUCACUUAUAAAAAGCAUUGUUCUGUAUGAUGUAAGCAGGACAAUAGUAUCUAUAAUAUAUAAUUAUCCAUUCUAAUUUAACCUCAGAACAGAUAUCACUGGUGAAGAUAAUAGAAAAGAAGAUAUUCUAGACUGCAAGUUAGGUUACUGUUUAAUUCAAUUCCAAAACUAUAUCUUCAGAUACAUCUACAUAGUAUCUGAAGAGUAUGAUGAAUAUCAGGAUAUAAGCAAUUUUUCAAGCUACUCUGAAAAGAUUUUCCUAUUAAACCAGAGAGAUGUCUCAUUAACAUUAAGAUAAAUCUUCAUCUAAUCAAUAGGUUAUAAUAAGUAAUCUUUAGAAGAUAUCAAAUCCUCUUUAGACAAUUUAGUUAUCAUCAUAACAAUUAUCUCUGCUUUUUGUAUUUCUCUUGUUAUCCCGCUCUAUGCUUUAAUACAAACCUACAGAGAAAAAAUUCUUAGUCUUUUAACUACAUUUAGCAUAGACAUAUUAGAUGAUUUCAUCGAUUUGAUUGAUUAAUACUAUAUCCUUAAUCUUGAUAGGUCUUCCUCCUCUUUUAAAAUUUAAUAAAAAACUGAUGUUAAAUCUAAGUAAAUAGAAGUUAAAAAAUAAAAUCUCAGCUAUUACUCAAAGCUCCCAAAAGUUAAUAAAAAACUUAUAUUCUUCUCUGUCCUCAUUUUGACUUUAAUUGUUCUCUAUCCAGUUCUAAACCGCCAAUUAACAAGACAAUAUAUUGAUGAAUCUCAAUAAAACUUGUCUAUAUUAUAUAUUUUAUCAAGAGUUAAAUCAUAUAUUUUACUUAAUGUUGGCUUACAAUAUUUUUGUUUAACUGCUAAACUUUUUCCAGGUGAACAAAAUGUUGUCUCAUUUAAUCAAAUUCUUGAUAGAAUUUAAGUUGCAAUUCAAGAUUAAGAUGAAAUAUAGCAAGAUUUAAAUAACGUAAUGUAAGGGUCUUACUUAAAGAAUAGACACAGCUAAAGCGAUUUUAAUGAUUUCUUUAUUGAAAUAAUGACAGGAGAUCCCUGCAGUGCAAUAGUAGAUUACACAGAGUAUGUUAAAAAAGAAGAUUAAAUCAGUGCUGAACAAUGUUAAAGACAACAAGGUGUCUUAUUGAAAAAUGGAUUGCUCAUUGCAUUAAAGUCAUUUAUGAAUCACUUUAAAGAUGUUUACUAUGAGCUAAAAGAUGUUGAUAAAGCUAAUUUACAGAAAAUUAACAUAUUCGAUUACAAUGAAUAAAUAUUUGUUCUUGUAAAUUUACUUGAUAACUUGACGACUUUUAUUUAAAUCUAAAAUGAAGACUACUAUGACUACAUAAUAUAAUGCCAAAUAUAUCUAAUGCUCUAUCAAUUCUUUGCUCUCACAGUUGUUUUUUACCUUUCAUGGAUCCUCUUUUACAAAUUUAUAGAUAAUUAGUUGCAUCAGACUAAACUUACUCUCUCUUUUCUUCAUGUCACUCAUCUCAUUUCGAAUCCUUACAUUUAAAGCUACUUUUAGUAGAAAAAUAUUAUAUGA